GCCAUGCCCGACUCCCCAGCUGAGGUGAAGAUGCAGCCCCGGUCUACACCCCCCAGCAUGCCGCCCCCGCCGCCCGCCGCCGCCCAGGGGGCCGCGCGCCCGCCCUCCUUCACGCCGCACACACAUGGUGAGGACGGGCCGGCGACAUCUCUGCCCCACGGCCGUUUUCAUGGCUGCUUAAAGUGGUCCAUGGUCUGUCUCUUGAUGAACGGCAGCAGCCACUCGCCCACGGCCGCCCACGGCACCCCGUCCACACCCAAUGGCUUCAGCAACGGGCCGGCCACCUCGUCCACGGCCUCGCUGUCCACGCAGCACCUGCCCCCGGCCUGUGGGGUGCGGCAGCUGAGCAAGCUGAAGCGCUUCCUUACCACCCUGCAGCAGUUUGGCAGCGACAUCUCCCCCGAGAUUGGAGAGCGCGUGCACACGCUGGUGCUGGGGCUGGUGAACUCCACACUGACCAUUGAAGAGUUUCACUCCAAGCUCCAAGAGGCCACCAACUUCCCACUGCGACCAUUUGUCAUCCCCUUCCUGAAGGCCAACCUGCCCCUGCUCCAGCGAGAGCUCCUGCACUGCGCUCGCCUGGCCAAGCAGACACCCGCCCAGUACCUGGCCCAGCACGAGCAGCUCCUGCUGGACGCCAGCGCCGCCUCGCCCGUGGACUCCUCUGAGCUUCUGCUGGAUGUUAACGAGAAUGGCAAGAGGGGGUCGCCUGACAGGACCAAAGAGAACGGGUCAGACCGUGACCCGCUACACCCCGACCACCUCAGCAAGCGGGCCUGCACGCAGAGCCCCGCCCAGCGCUGUAGCCCUAGCAGCGGGCUGCCCCACCCCACCCCACCGCCCCACUACCGCCUGGAGGACAUGGCCAUGGCCCACCACUUCCGCGACGCCUACCGACCCCCCGACCCCCGGGAGCUGCGGGAGCGCCAUCGGCCGCCCGUGGUGCCCGGGUCGCGGCAGGAAGAGGUGAUUGACCACAAGCUGACCGAGCGGGAGUGGGCAGAAGAGUGGAAACACCUCAACCAUCUCCUGAACUGCAUCAUGGACAUGGUGGAGAAGACGCGGCGGUCGCUCACCGUGCUGCGCCGGUGCCAGGAGGCUGACCGCGAGGAGCUCAACCACUGGAUCCGGCGCUACAGCGACGCGGAGGAUGGGAAGAGCGGCCCCGGCCCCGCCCCGGCCCGGCCCCUCAACGGCUCGGAGGGCUCUCAGCUAGACAUCCACCGGGAGUUUGUGCCCAGGAUGCUCUCAGGCUAUGUGCCCGAGGAGAUCUGGAGGAAGGCUGAAGAGGCUGUGAAUGAGGUGAAGCGGCAGGCGAUGUCGGAGCUGCAGAAAGCCGUGUCUGACGCAGAGCGCAAAGCCCACGAGCUCAUCACCACCGAGCGCGCCAAGAUGGAGCGGGCACUGGCCGAGGCCAAGCGGCAGGCCUCGGAGGACGCCCUGACCGUCAUCAACCAGCAGGAGGACUCCAGCGAGAGCUGCUGGAACUGCGGGCGCAAGGCCAGCGAGACCUGCAGCGGCUGCAACGCGGCCCGCUACUGCGGGUCCUUCUGCCAGCACAAGGACUGGGAGAAGCACCACCACGUGUGCGGCCAGAGCCUCCAGGGCCCCGCGGCCGCCGUGGCCGACCCCCUGCCCGGACAGCCCGACGCCACUGCCAGC